UCCCCCCUCCCUACACAACCAUGGACAUCUCCGCCGCCCUCCUCAACACCCAGAGCCCUGACCUGACGCUGCGCAAGCAGGCCGAGGAGUUCCUGAACAAUGCGCUGCAGCAGCAAAUGGGCCAGUUCAUGGUGACGCUCGUGCAGGCGCUGGCCUCGGAGGAGUUCGCCGUGGUGGGCCGCCAGGCCGCCGGCCUGUACCUCAAGAACGUGCUGGACGCCAAGGACGACGCCCUGCAGCAGCAGAAGAUCAACGCCUGGAUGGCCAUGGACCCGGCCCUGCGCACGCAGAUCAAGGACGGCUCGCUCGGCGUGCUGCAGUCCAACGACCCCGUGGCCCGCCACACGAGCGCGCAGCUCGUGGCCAAGAUCGGCAGCAUCGAGCUGCCCAACAAGGAGUGGCCCACGCUGCUCGAGUCCCUGCUGCAGAACGUGACGGGCGGCAGCGAGGGCUGCAUCCACGCCACGCUCGAGUGCCUCGGCUACCUCUGCGACGAGCUGGAGGAGAACGCUAUCGACGAGCAGGACACGAACCGCAUCCUCACGGCCAUCGUGGACGGCAUCCGCGCCGACCGCCCGCCGGCCAUCCGCCUCGCGGCCGUCACGGCCCUGCGCAACAGUCUGGAGUUCGUGAGCGAGAACUUCAAGCGCAAGCAGGAGCGCGACCACCUGAUGCAGAAGAUCUGCGAGGCCACGCAGUCGCCCGACCUGCGCACGCGCGUCGUGGCCUACGAGUGCGUUGCGGCCAUCGCCACCAUGUACUACGAGUACCUGGCCGAGUACAUGGAGACGCUGUGCAAGCUGACGUUCAACGCCAUCACGAGCGACCAGGACGAAGUCGGCCUGCAGUCGCUCGAGUUCUGGUCGUCCAUGUGCGACGUUGAGCUCGACCUGAUCGAGGAGAUGAAUUACGCCGAGCUGGAGGGCCGCACCGACUUCAUCCCGUGCAACUACUACGUGCAGACCGUGCUCAACACGCUCAUCCCGCUGCUCACGGAGACGCUGAAGAAGCAGGAGGACGACCAGGACGAGGACUCGUGGAACCUGUCGAUGGCCGCCGCCACGUGCCUUGCGCUCGUGGCCCAGGUCGUCGGCGACGCCUGUGUUGACCUCACCAUGGCGUUCAUCACGCAGAACAUUGACUGCAACGAGUGGCGCCCCAAGGAGGCUGCCAUUAUGGCCUUCGGCUCGAUCCUGGACGGCCCGGACUCGGCCAAGAUUGCCCCGCUUGUGCGCCAGGCGCUUGGAUUCCUCAUGGGCUGCAUGAAGUUCGACAACAUCCUGGUGCGUGACACGACCGCCUGGACGCUUGGCCGCAUCUGCGAGCUGCACUACGGAUGCAUCAGCGGCGAGAUGCUGCCCGGCCUGAUGCAGCUGCUUCUCGAGGGUCUGGACCAGGAGCCGCGUGUGUCCCACAACGUUUGCUACGCCAUCCACAACAUCGUGAAGGCUUUCGAGGAGUCGGAGGCGGCCGCCCACAUGCUGACCCCGUACUUCAGCACGCUCUUCGACAAGCUUCUGGAGACCAGCAGCCGCCCGAACGCCAUGGAGAGCAACUUGCGCGGCUCCGCGUACGAGGCUCUCAACGUGCUGGUGCAGGCUGGUGCUGAUGAGGUGAACGAGCACAUCAUGCUGCGCCUCCCUGUGAUUCUGGAGCGCCUGGAGCAGAGCAUCAAGGCCCUCAUGGAGAACCCGGACAGCCUCCACGACGACCAGGCUGGCCUGCAGGCACUUCUGUGCGGUGUGCUCAUUGCUGCCAUCCAGAAGCUGAACACCGACAUCGACCCGUUGGCCGACCGCAUCAUGCAGGCUCUGCUGCAGGUGUUCUCCACCCGCAAUGCUGCGGCUGCCGAGGAGGCCUUCAUGGCUGCGGGUGCUCUGGCCAACGUUGUUGGAGCCAAGUUCGAAGUCUACAUGCAGUACUUCGGUCCGGUGCUGCUCAUGGGCCUGAAGAACAGCGAGGAGUACAUGGUUUGCAACGUUGCUGUGGGCGUGGUGGGUGACCUUUGCCGUGCCCUGGAAGGCAAGAUCCUGCCGCUGUGUGAUGACAUCGUGGCUGCUCUUAUCGAGAUUCUGAAGAACCCCAUGCUGAACCGCUCGGUGAAGCCGCCGGUGCUUUCCUGCUUCGGUGACAUUGCUCUUGCCAUCGAGGGCGAGUACGAGCGCUACGCCGUAUCUUCGCUCCAGAUGAUCCUGCAGGCCGCGGGUGCCUGCGGAUCUAUUGCGACUGAUGACGAAGAAGUGGUGGAGUACAUGAACCAGCUGCGCGAGAGCGUGCUUGAGGCGCUGACGGGCAUUGUUCAGGGUCUGGGUGCUGCCAACAAGGCCCCGAUGCUGAUGGAGUGUGCGCCACAGAUUGGAGCGUUCCUGGCUACUUUGGCGAACGACCUUGCGACGCGAUCGGACGCGGUGACGACUGGUGCGGUGGGCUUGAUUGGUGACAUGGGCCAGGCGAUGGGCAAGGCGGUGGAGUCGCUGUUCCACCAGCAGUUUGUUGUUCAGCUUGUGAGCGAGUGCGCUAACAACACGCAGAACCCGCAGGCGCAGCAGCUGGCUGCGUGGACGCAGAAGGUGAUCAUGGACCUGCAGGCGAAUUAAGCUUGGCUGACUUCGGCUUUGAUUUCCCGCUGCUUGGCUUUCGCUGUUUGCCUUCUGCAAGCACAAAGUUGAGUGGGUGGAGGAAUUGAAGUGCGUGUAAACCAAGUGUUCGAUGAACCUGCAGGCGAACAACUGUAGUUGGCCCCGAGUUGCUGUCGGCCCUACCGCUUUUGCUGUUUGCCUUCUGCAAGCACAAUCGCGAGUGGGCCAAGUGGUUCGAGCUGCCGAUCGGACGACGUGCACUUUGUCGUGCGCGUCGGUUUUCCUGCAUGUUGGAGUGCUUUGUGUGGCAUGCUGACAUUUAUUUAUCGGGAGUGUUCAGCUAGCUGGCUUACGGCAGCGUGUGCAAGUGUGCUCGUUGGCGUCGCAAGGACUUGUCGAGUGUCAAAGUGGGCUGUGUGCGCUAGUUCUCCCCGACUGGGAGGACGGGCGAUGCACGAAGUUCACUGAGCGCUCGUUUGUGAGUCAGUAGGAAACCUAGUUUCCAUAUUCCUAGAAUACAAUUGCGGGGGUGGAAGGGCAGGUUCGGCUGCAUGACGCAGCCAACUUGUUCGACCAUCUCUCCCUUUUCCCACC